CGAGAGCAGCGUUAGCUUCGUUAGCCUCGGGACCAGUCGUUGUGUGAAAGACUGGACAUCCCGGCAGGAUGAAUAUCUGCGCUCAGUAUCUCCGACAGGCAGAGGCCCUGAAGGCUGACAUGACAGAUUCAAAGCUCGGGGCAGCAGAGGUGUGGACGUCUCGACAGGCUCUGCAGGAUCUCUACCAGAAGAUGCUGGUCACAGACCUGGAGUACGCUCUGGACAAGAAGGUGGAGCAAGACCUGUGGAACCAUGCGUUUAAGAACCAGAUCACCACGCUGCAGAGUCAGGCCAAGAACAGAGCCAACCCCAACCGCAGCGAGGUGCAGGCCAACCUGUCGCUGUUCCUGGAGGCUGCCAGCGGCUUCUACACACAGCUGUUGCAGGAGCUGUGCACCGUGUUCAACGUGGACCUGCCGUGUCGCGUCAAGUCAUCUCAGCUCGGCAUCAUCAGCAAUAAACUGGGAGGAGGAGGAGGGGGAGGAGGCGCCAUCGUCACACCACAGCCCAGCUCCUGCUCCUACAUCUGCCAGCACUGCCUCGUCCACCUCGGAGACAUCGCUCGUUACCGAAACCAGACGAGUCAGGCCGAGUCGUACUACAGACACGCUGCUCAGCUGGUCCCCUCUAACGGUCAGCCGUAUAACCAGCUGGCGAUCCUGGCCUCCUCUAAAGGAGAUCACCUCACCACCAUCUUCUACUACUGCCGCAGCAUCGCUGUCAAGUUCCCCUUCCCUGCUGCCUCCACCAACCUGCAGAAAGCCCUGUCCAAGGCUCUGGAGAGCCGUGACGAGGUGAAGACCAAGUGGAGCGUGUCAGACUUCAUUAAGGCCUUCAUAAAGUUCCACGGUCAUGUGUACCUGAGUAAGAGUGUGGAGAAGCUGGACGUUCUGAGGGAGAAGCUGGAGGAGCAGUUCCAGAGGUUGAUCCUCCAGAAAGCCUUCAGCUCCCAGCAGCUCGUCCACAUCACCGUCAUCAACCUGUUUGAGCUGCACCACCUCAGAGACCUGACCACCGACGCAGGAGAGCAGAGCUACAGCAGCGAGCAGCAGAUCAGCUGGUUCCAGCUGCUCGGACUCUUCAUGUCCUUCCUGGGCGUGAUGUGCAGCCGCGCUCUGUUCAACAGGAAGCGUGGCGAGGAGAUCAUGGGCGAGUGUCCGCUGCCCGCCAUCAAAGUCUCUCUGGAUUGGCUCAAACUCAGACCCAGCGUCUUCCACGAGGCCGCCGUCGACAAGAGGCAGUACAUCUGGCCCUGGCUCGUCUCCAUCCUCAACAGCUUCCAGCCCAAAGAGGACGACGUGUCCUGUUCAUCAGUGACGCCGCUGCCGGAGGAGUUUGAGCUGCAGGGUUUCCUGGCUCUCCGGCCCGCUCUGAGGUCUCUGGACUUCACUAAAGGCCAUCAGGGGAUCCUGGUGGACCGGGACGGACUGCCGGUCCACAGCCGACACCAGAGACUCAUCAGCCUGGGGAAGUGGGUCGCUGACAACCAGCCGGGGCUGAUCCAGUGCCAUGUGAGUGAGGAAGGCCUCCUCAUCUUCAUCACCGACAUCCCCGAGCAGGCCAUCGAGGAGCCGCAGGAGAAGGAGGCGCCGGUGCUGCAGGAGUCGUCCAACGGCGAGCAGACGCCCAACGACGGCGGGAACGGCGGGCUGAAGUCGGUGCUGUCGGCGGGGAAGACUCAGAGCUCGUGGCCCGACGGAGGAGACCGGCCCGUCGUCACCUUCAAAGAGAACAUCAAACCCAGAGAGCAGAGCCGCGACGCCACACGCAGCCACCACCAGAAGGACGCCGCCAAGGAGCGCCGAGACUUCGCCAAAGGAAACGGAGCCGCGGGGAAAGGAGAGCUGAAGAGAGACGGGAAGAGGAAGAGCGAGAUGAAGAAGAGCGGACACGAGAAGGCGACGGACGCUGGGAAACAGGUGAAAGCUCAGGUGGAGCUGAGGAAGACUCCGGUGUCUGAGGCGAAGAAGACGCCCGCCACUCAAACUCAAACCACCUGCUCGUCCCAGUUCAUCCCCAUCCAUCAUCCUGGAGCCUUCCCCCCCCUCCCCAGCAGACCUGGGUUCCCCCCCUCCGCCUACGUCAUCCCCCCCCCGGUGGCGUUCCCGGGUCUCCAGGUGAACCCGGGUUUCACCUUCUCCACGGGGGUCUCUGUGCCGGGUCCGUUCCUGCAGCCGGCGGUCCACACGCAGGCCGGGGCUCAGGCCGGGAAGCAGUCCCACAUUCCCUACAGCCAGCAGAGGCCCUCGGGUCCCGGUCCGGGCCAGGGUCCGGGGCCGGGCUCCUCGGGGCCCCUGCCCCAGGGCCCGUCUCAGGGGGGGCAGACCCAGGCGCAGAGCCCCUCCCAGCAGGCUUUGCAGCAGCUGCAGGUGAUGAGUCAGCAGCAGCAGUCUCCCACCAAACCGGGCCAGAUGGGCAAGAGUCCUCCUCACCACCCGGGUCUGCAGCAGUACAUGCAGGUCCAGGACCAGCAGACCCAGCUCUGGUCUCAGGCUGCUCUCCAGAAGCUUCCGUCUCUGCAGCUCUCUCUGAAGCAGCAGCAGCAGCAGCAGAGUUUCUACAUGGCUCCUCAGGAUCCGCUCAAACUGUACGAGCACCAGCUGCAGGGUCCCGCCGUGCCCCCCCCUCCCCACGCCGUGCCCCCCCCGCCCCACGCCCAGCCCCCUCCGCCCCACGCCCAGCCCCCCCCGGCCCUCGCCAGCAUGGAGAAGAAGCUGAAGUACCCCGACGUGAAGGUGCAGGACUUCUACUGGGAGCCGUCCUACAGGAUGGGGGAGGGGCUUGCUGUGAUGGACAGGAUGAAGCGGCCGGGCGGCGCCAUGUGCUCGGAGCAGGACGCCGCCGCCGGGCCACGCGGACCCCCGUUCGAGCUGCCCAACCAGGCGAGGAUGGAGGGCGUCCCCGAGGUCGUCAGCCAAUCAUCUUCUCUGCUGCCCAUGUCUGGAUUCCCCAUGCAGGAGUACAAUCAGAACAGCAUCUUCAGUCAGGCGUACGGUAAGAACCUGCCGCCCAGCUCCAAGCCCGACGCUCCCAUGAUGCACCAGGAGCCGUCUCUGUACUCGCUGUUCGAGGGAACGCCGUGGUCGCCAUCGCUGCCCGCCAGCUCAGAUCACUCCACCCCAGCCAGCCAAUCCCCUCACUCCUCCAACCCCAGCAGCCUGCCGUCCUCCCCCCCCACACACAACCACGGCGCCAUGCCCUUCUCCAACUUCGGGCCAAUCGGCACACCGGACAGCCGGGACCGCCGCAUGGUCGACCGCUGGAAGGCCGAGAAACCCGGAGGCGUGAGCGGCUUCGGCCUGGAUUACCUGCCGGCGGCGUCGGCGGCGUCAGACUGGCAUCAGGCCGGACCGACCGGCAGCUCCUGGACCAAUCAGGAGUCUCCGAUGGAGGAGUCGUCCUCCACCGUUCUGCUGGACAGCCUCAAGUCCAUCUGGUCGAGCUCCAUGAUGCAGCCGGGCCCGUCUGCGUUGGAGCAGCUCCUCCUGCAGCAGAAGCAGAAGCAGCAGCGAGGUCACGGCGCCAUGAACCCGCCGCACUGAACGCCGAGCGCCGGCGCUUUGAGUCAGCGAGCUCCACGAGGCACGCAGGACACCCGUUUGACCAGCUCCAAAAAAAUGUGGAAAUUAAACCGGCGAGAAACGGUGGAGGCUGGGGAGGCGACGCGACCCCCCGACGAGGCUGAGACUCCAACCCCCCCCACCUGCCCUCGGCCGUCCAGGAGCGGGGUGACGCCCCUCCUGGAUCGGAGGGAGCGGGAUCUCUUCAUCCGCGGCGCCACGCGCUACCUACCGCCGGGUUCCUUCUAACCCGCGGACACAAACACCCCCCACCCCCUUACCCCCC